ACAAAGUAUGGGACAACACACUUGGCUUCACGUCACUUUCAGACUGUUAGAUCAUUAUGUUGCAUCUGACUGUAUAUAAAGUUCUCUCAUACAGCUGUGAGCAGAGUGAAAGGUGACUCUCUUAAAGAGGAGUUCAGAGGCCUUCUCGAACUUUAAGCCAAGACUUUUGGUUGUUUUUUGUCAUUUUUAAUGGUUUAGUACAACAUUUAUUUUAAAUGUUUUUUUUUCUUCCAACAGUAACACAAGAUACACAAGACUGAACACUAGAGAAAUACUAGGUUAUUUGUGUCAGCAUUGUUUGAUCUGGAGCCGGAUUUUGAGAAGGAAUGGAAAACAUCUCCCUUUCCCACAUUCUCACUGUCACAGCUCUGAAUGAGUGGGACUGGACCAGCAAGAUCAUAUUUUUUUCUAUUGCACUUCCAGGUUACCUUUUGACUGUUGUUCUGAAUGCCACCUUGAUUAUGAUUAUUGCUUUUGAGAAAGCUCUGCAUGAGCCGAUGUACAUUUUCUUGUGUAAUCUCUGUGUUAAUGAUCUGUGUGGAACUACAGGGUUUUAUCCCAGGGCCUUGGUGUAUUUACUCACAGAAACAAAUAGGAUUUCACUUGAGGAAUGCAUUGUACAAGGUCUUGUCAUUGUCGUCUAUGCAGUUGGUGAAUUUACAAAUUUAAGUGUCAUGGCGGUUGAUAGAUACAUAGCGAUAUGUCAACCUUUACAUUAUCAUAGUAUUAUGUCACCUUUCACUGUGCUUUGCCUGGUGAUUUUUCUUUGGGCAUUUCCUUGUUUUGCAAGUCUAUUAGCCAUUUUACUGGCUAUUAAAAACCCUAUUUGCAGAUAUGACAUAAGUAAACUUUUCUGUGAAAACCUGUCCUUGGUGAAUCUUGGAUGCAGACAAGAUAUUUCACAUGGGAUUUUUAAUGGAUGGAUGUAUAUCAGCAUGUCUGUCUUAAUUGGUUUGGUUCUGAUUUCCUAUUUUAAAAUAAUUCUAGCUUGUAGAAAAUCUAAAGUAAAUCAAGAAAAGUUCUUCAGCACAUGUACGCCACACUUGAUUACCUUUCUGAACUACGUAGCCUGUUCCUUUUUUGAUUCUUCCCAGACAGAAUUAAGAACAAAAACAUUGUCUCAUACUAUUUUGUCUGUUAUAUUCCUGACUGUUCCCCCUUUUAUCAAUCCUUUAAUAUAUGGUAUAAAAUUAGCUCCAAUUAGGGCAAAAAUAUUGUAUAUUUUCCGAAGUUCAAGGUUUAAAAACAUGUAGCAUUCACUGUUAUGAAUAAUUUAGUGCUGACUGCUUUUUGUGUCAUUGUGCGUCGCAGUGACGAUUCAUUAAAAGUGACAAUGAUAAAAGUUUUAUUUUGAACUGCAGAAGCAAGCAUGUGCUCAUAUAAUGUUAUUUAAAAAGGAUAAUGUAUUUUGAGCUGUUUAAAUGUACAUGAUUUAAUGGCUAAGAAAUAUAUGUAUAUUUAUAACAAUUGCUUAUGCCUUAGCAUUUGACACUGCAUAUAACACAUCUUUAAUGUUAUUAAAGUCAAUAAAAAAAAUGAAUGAGGCUAGUAUCACAUGCUUAGUUAGUUCUCAUUAUACAGUGGAUCUGUAUUGAAUGAACAAUGAUAACUGAAUCUCAGACGAGAAAACGACUAUCAAUGUAACACUUUGAUGCCAUCUUCUGGUAAAAACCUAAAUGCCACACAGGAUAUUUGUAAGAUUAUUGGCAAGCCAUAUACUUUCAUUAUAAUUUCACAUGUCUAACUACUUCUGCUUCACUGCCUCCAACCAAAACACAUCCAGCCAAAUGUUAAGAUGAUAAUGCAACCUAUGAAGUAAAGAAAAUUUGCAGAAUUUAUCAGACUAAGAAAGCAAAUGUGGCUUAUCCAUAGCUUGCAUAUAGUUAUAGUUGAUCCAUCAUUCUUAUUUGUGACCCUAAACCACAAAACCAGUCAUAAGGGUCAAUUUUUUGAAUUUGAGAUUUAUACAUCAUCUGGAAGCUAAAUAAUUAAGCUUUGAUGUAUGGUUUGUUAAUAUUUGGAUAAGAUACAACUAUUUGAACA